AUGACUAGGCUUUGUAGUCCGUGGGAUUAUAGUCAGCACGAGGAUUACCCUGUCGAAGAAUACGCACAACUCGUUCAUCCAUUGCUCAUUGACGGCAAAGAAAUGGAUGACAUGCUGAUGCAAUGCAGUAAUAAUAGUGUGUAUGUACUGAACUCCAGCUAUCGAUAUCGGGACUUCGACAUGAUAGAAUUAUUCGGUUCACCAGCCGGUAGAGCUUUAACAGUGAACAAUAAAACAUCUGCCGAGUUGCAUCCAUGCAGUAAAUUGAGUAGCAGUGCCAACAACAUUACUAUUGCUGCUAAAUGUAGUAGUUGUAUUAGCUCAACCAACCAAAACCAUCCCAUCUGCCAUCAGCGAAUUUAUCAUCCAUUGCACAGUUGCAGUUUCAGUGCAACCUGUAAUGUCACAAGUUCAAGUGGCCGUCCAAACGCCGACAAUGGCCAUUUCGUCGAAAAUAGCGAUCUAAUAAAAUACCGUUUACCUGGCGCACAUCCUCAAGGACUUCUCCAUUCUGCACAUAAAUUAACAAACUACAACAAAAGCAGUCGAACAAAUUCGAAGAUUGCCAAAAUAUGGAAGCUGUUCGACGAAGACCGAAUAUGUAAAGGUACAUCAAAGGCCGACAACAAAGACAAUACCAGGAGCUAUAAUAACGACAGCACCAGUGGCCUGAGUGGGAGUGAUAUUUUCAACCAGUAUCAAAACAAGAGUAAUUCCAAUUUGAUCCAACAUGAAGAGAAAACCACGAAAGAUCUGUAUAAUGAAGCUGCACAAUUACUUGGAAUAAAAUGUACUCUUAGCGAUAGCUGUCGAUGCAUCGACUGUCAGAGCCAAUAUUUUGAUUGCGACGACUUUGAUGCCUACUCGGAAUAUUCGGAUAAAUCGUGUGACUUUGAAGAGAAUCCAAUUAUAAAUCAGUCAUGUUACUGCCCUAGUACUAAUAACUACAACAUUGGUCAAAGCCACCAAGAGAACGUUGCGUCCAUUGCCUGUCAGUUGGAGCAGACUGUCAGUAACAGCACAAAUCAAAAUUCUAUUUUGGGAGACAGAAAUCACGCCAAUCGCCUGUACCGACAUCCUGGUGGAGCAAAUGUCAAGUUUACAGAAAAUACAAAACAGGGUGGUAGUGAAAUUGGUUUACAAUUGCUUAAUGAUUCGAUCAACAAUCGAAAUGAGGAAAAAAAUUGCUUUUGCAUUAGAAGAAAAUCAAUUGGGUUGGAACAACAGAUAGACAUGGAUUAUUCAACUGCAAACAACAAACUUAGUCAAAUGAGUGAAAAUUGCGGUGUGAAAACCUGA